GGCCUUCUCUUUCUCUGUCUCCAAAACACUAAAACUCGCAUACAGAGAGAAGAAACCAUGGCCACCAAAAUCAUCAGCAUUGCAACACUACUCUUACUAGCUCUCUUCACAACAACACAAGCCAGAAUCCCCGGUGUCUACACUGGCUCCGCAUGGGAGACUGCUCACGCCACAUUCUACGGUGGCAGCGACGCCUCCGGAACAAUGGGAGGGGCAUGUGGUUAUGGAAACUUGUACAGCCAAGGGUACGGUGUGAACACGGCGGCGUUGAGCACUGCACUGUUCAACAAUGGCUUCAGCUGCGGAGCGUGUUUCGAGAUCAAAUGCGCCAACGACCCCAACUGGUGCCAUGCGGGUUCGCCAUCGAUAUUCGUGACGGCAACUAACUUCUGCCCUCCCAACUACGCUCUCCCAAGUGACAAUGGGGGUUGGUGCAACCCUCCAAGGCCACACUUCGAUCUCGCCAUGCCCGUGUUCCUCAAGAUCGCUCAGUACCGCGCUGGUAUUGUUCCCGUCUCUUACCGCAGGGUUCCAUGCCGCAAGCAAGGUGGGAUGAGAUUCACGAUCAACGGUUUCCGUUACUUCAACUUGGUUUUGAUCACGAACGUGGCAGGUGCAGGGGAUAUCAUGAGGGCGAGUGUGAAGGGUUCCAAUACAGGGUGGAUGACCAUGAGCCGUAACUGGGGUCAAAACUGGCAAUCAAACUCUGUUUUGGUUGGUCAGUCACUCUCCUUCAGGGUCACAGCCAGUGACCGUCGCACUUCCACUUCUUGGAACAUUGCACCCUCUAAUUGGCAAUUUGGCCAAACCUUCACCGGCAAAAACUUUAGGGUCUAGAAAUAUACAUACAACAUGUUAUUAUCGUAUAUAUUUUAUUUGUGAAAUAUUUGUAUCCAUUUGCGUAUUAUUCAUCAUUAAACGAGGUAUAGACUCAAUUUAAUUGGAGUUUAUAUUUUAUCUAAUGAUAAAUAAUAUUUGAAUUGGUACAAUAUUUCACAUCUUAUAUAUAUGUUCAAUGAACAUCAUUAAAAUAGAAAAUUAAAAAGCGGUGGUAUGUAUUAGUGAUACUUUUUGACAUUUUCUUUGUCUUGUUUUGAGGUAGUGGGGAAUCAAUCAAAUAUAUGUCUUCGGUAUAUGGGUUUAGGUUUUUCUU